AAAACAGAACGAGAUGUAAUCGGGGUAUGCCUUUUGGUGGAGGAAAGUAAAUAGAAGUAAAUGGCCUAGGAAAACUUGAUCGCGGGAUACAGUCCAGAUACGACCGCCUUCUCGUUUUACUUCAAGCGCUCGCUAGAUAGCACCCCGAGCGGCGGUGACUGCUUUUCGCAGUGGCAGAACGCAGAGCUAUAGAUGAAUACAACUUUCACAUUGAUGACGGAAGAUACUAUAAUUAAUCUAUGGCAGAUCUCUUAAAUGACAACCCGCCAUCAAGCAGAGCCCGCCGGGAGAAGUCACGGCAGUCAGCAUCUUCGCAAACAACCACGAUGUAAGAAUUUCUCCAUGGUAAUAUCUGAAACAACUGGAUAUUAACUGAAACAACCAGCAUUUUAAACGUGAUCGCGCCUAGACUUCACGGAAACGUCAGUACCCGUAGAGGGAAGUAGGGUCCAGAAUUGUCAUCGUUAAUACUUGGACUUAAGUUUGGAGAGAAGCCUUGUUAAAUAGAGGGAAAUAUUUCUUGUAAACAGAAAUACAAUAUCGAUGGACAAUUUAACACCAAAUACUUCGCUUGACAUUGCUGAAGAAAACAAUAAGACUGAACGCAGGGCAAAGAAUUUUCGGGCGUUUUUUGAACGUCUUACAAACCUUGAAGAUAGAAAGAAGGUUCCAAGAGAAGAUAUUUUGGAAGGAAUGUUAAUAUAUGUUCUUAUUCAAAUACAACAUUGUAUUAAUCUCAUUCAGCCUGGAGAAAAUACUACACCAGAGCUGUUAGACAUUCGUGAAAUGUUUGUUGCCUUGCGUAACAAAUGGAAAUUCUUUAUUUCACGUUGUAAAAUGGUGUUGGAAAAACCUCACCCGCCCAUCACAAAAGCGCUGGCCAAUCGCGGAACAGACUACACUUGCCGAAAACUCGUGGUUCACUUGCCGCGGCAAACAGGUGCAGUUUCCUUUAAGCCGGGCGUCUGGUCGGAGGGUGGCACAGGUAGCUGUUUUGUUGUGCUUCUCUCAAAUUAUUUCGCAGUCUUCGAAGAAGAAAAGUUCGAAUCUGUUCUGAUAUUAAAGAAGGAAGCAGCUGCGGAAUACAAUAGGGAAAUGGAGGAAUCAGUUCCCCGAAUUAAUCCAAAUUGGCAUCUGGCUAAUCCCAGAUUGCCUCCAAGGCCAGAGUGUCCAGCUGAUCAGAAGUGGAAGGACCUAGCUGCAGGGGUGGAUGAGAAAUUCAAGGAUGCCGAGGAGCAUUUUUUGACUGCAACUGCAGAUAUACAAAACUACAUGCAAACUGUAUCGGACCAUAUAAAGAAAGUGCACAGUGAGAUAGAGGCUGAUAUGGAUACAAAAUCAUCUGAGCUCAUUGAAAAGAAGUUGAAAGAAGUGGAGGAACGGUUGUGCAAUUUGGUUGAUAGGAAUCUUAAGUCAAUGGACAAGAAACUGAGAAGAGUGGAGAAAGCAGUAUCGGACGAGAUGGAACAAGUGGGAACAUUAGAGGCAGUUGCAGACGGACAGACUCAGUUACCUGAUCAGGCUUUUAGAAAUGGUAGGGAAGGAGAGAUUUGUUCUGACACUAGGAUGAGAAUGGAAGCAGUAGACAAAAAAGUUGGUGCUCUUGAGAAAUCUGUUGCAAAAGCUAUGUACCAUCUAUUGCCUAAGGUGGAUGCUUUGUUUCAGAAUCUAGAUAUUAAAUCUAAAACAAUAACUAAUGACCAAAUCACAUUGUCUAUAUUUGCUGCAGCAGGCUACCGCCUGCCCCCAGCUACUCCAUAUUGGGUUAGCGACCUUUCCAUCCUUUCCUUGGACAAGGAAUUAUUAAUGGCUAGCUAUUUGGGUGAAAUGAAGAAGGUGAAAGGGCUUUUGUACCAGGGAGCAGAUAAAAAUGUUAGAUGUGCUCAGGGUUACACACCUUUGCAUUUGGCUGCAAAGAAAGGACACAUUAAAGUUUUGAAUGUUCUUCUCGAAGAGGAUGCAGAUUUUGCAAGAUUAGUGUUGUCAUUUGGUUGUAAUUAUACUUCCAAGAAAUACAUUGGAUUAGAAAGAUUCUUUUUCUGCACUUUUUCUCCUUUAAUUGCCUCAAAGAACGCCAUGGAUGAUAGAAGAAAGAUCGUGGAUAACAGUGCAGAAUUGAACGCAGGAUUAGAAGAGAGGUGUUCCACAGAGAAUUCUCCAACAGACUCGGAGAGCUCGAGUGAAGGUUCAUUGGACAAUUGCAUUUCGGAUGGGCUGAAAGAAGAUAUUAUGAAGAUAGAAGCGACAAUUAUUUCUAGUGUUCGCUCUAUGCAAGACGCGCUUUUGCAGAAAACAUUGGAGGGCCUUCCAGACAGCGAGAAGCAGGUUCUGGAGGCGUUGAAUGAUGAAUUGAAGGAUCGUACCGAGAGGAAGGUGCAAGAAAGAGUGAGAGAAAUAAGCCAAAAAGUGGAAGAAAAGUUGCAAGCGAUGAAUGAAAAGAUAAAUGCAGCAGAGGAGAAAAUAGGGAAUGGGAAGAGUAAUGUGAACAUUUGUGGAGUGCACCAUAAAGAGGAACCGUCCACGUCCUCUGAUGAAGAUGAUAAUGAUUUGUUUUCUAAGAUUAUGCUUCUAAUGCGCGUUAUGCAUGAACGGCUGAAUAUUUUAGAAGCUGCUGUCAAAAACUUAGCCGAUUAAUUAUCUUCACAAGGGUACAUAUUGCUAAAAAUGUAAAUAUUUCUUCCUAAAGAGUAGCUAUUCAAAAUCAGUAUUGUAAAAAAUCGGUUAAAGCUGAAUACUAUGUCAUUUGCUCCCACGUGGUACUUUAUCACGUGGAUAUUCCCAGCAUGGUGAGAUAAGACAUCCAUUGACAGCAACUGCAUCACAUAAUUGCAGGGGUGCAUCCAGAAAGCAUUUCAGAGGAAAGAGUGGGAGGAAGUUGAGUUCAUUCCCUACAAAUCUUUUUUAAAUUAUCUGACAAUUAAAGAAAGUAAAAGUAUAUUCACAACUGGAUACUGCUUCGGAUAUGAUGAGAAUUAUAUUUCAUCAUUAUUUUGAAGAUGUUUAGUAAAGUUAGCCAAAUAUAUUGUCUGGUAGUGGGGCGGAAUGUCCCAUGAUCACACUCCUAGAUACGCCCCUGAGUGAUUGUGAUAAUGUGAAUCAGUGAAAGUGCGUACAUAAACAAAGGCAGGGUCUGAUUUGAGAGAUGCACCAGCCCCAAGGUCAAACGCGUGUUUCUCCCUCGAGAAACAUCCAGAUUUAUUAAAAAACAACGCUGAAAUGAAAUAACGUUUUGUAUAAUGUACUUUGUGUAAUGUUAAUGUAUUUUAAUUUUAAAGAUGCAAACAUGAUUAAAAAUUAUUUUACAUAUGCACA